ACAGCCCGGGCAAGCCCAGCUGUGAGCGCGCGCGCGCGAGUGUGUGACAGUUCGUCGCCUGCUUUCGUACAACAAGGAAGUGGAGGGUAUGUCACUGAAGGGAAACCUGCAACGAACGUGAAGCGCUAGUUUCCCCCUCCGAGACUGCUGACAUCUUCCAACCAGCUCCAUGGCUUUGUGGAUCAGCUGACUGUAGUUUCUUUUGAAGAUGGAUAUGAACAGAGACAGCAGGGCCAUGUCUGCAUGUACUUCAUGAUUUCCUUCAGCGCGAAGAGAUUUGAAUGCUGAGCCCUCAUUAGCUGCCUGUUAGUGGGAUUGUCCAUACCUGUGUUCAAACAUGGCUCCUGUUCCUCCAGGGGUCCGCCUGCUGGUGUCCUUUGACAGGGACCAAUGGUACAGAGCUCUCACCUUCAUCCUAACCUUCUUGCUCUACACCAGUUUCCACCUGUCCAGGAAACCAAUUAGUAUUGUCAAGAGUGAGCUUCAUAAGAACUGCUCAGCUGUCAGUGAAGCAGCCAUCAUUGCAUCCAGCAGCAGCCAGCAGCCCUCCCUGCUAUCUCUCCACACAGAUGUCGACUGCGGCUGGAAACCUUUUGAUAAAAGCAAUUACAAACAGCUGCUGGGAGCCAUGGACUACUCCUUUCUGUGUGCUUACGCAAUUGGAAUGUACUUGAGCGGCAUUAUCGGGGAGCGCCUGCCCAUUCGUCUGUACCUCACAGUGGGCAUGCUGGCCAGCGGUGUGUUCACUUGCCUAUUCGGGCUUGGCUACAUCUACAACAUCCACAACCUGAGCUUCUAUAUAUUUGUCCAGGUGGCCAAUGGCUUGGUUCAGACCACUGGUUGGCCUAGUGUAGUGACCUGUAUCGGCAACUGGUUUGGAAAGGGAAGGCGUGGACUCAUCAUGGGGCUGUGGAACUCUCACACUUCAGUGGGAAACAUCUUGGGCUCUCUGAUUGCCGGCUACUGGGUCUCCUCCAACUGGGGCAUGUCCUUCAUCGUACCAGGGCUCAUCAUCAUCAUCAUGGGCGUGGUUUGCUUUCUCUUUCUCAUUGAGCAUCCUAAUGACCUAAAAAACAUCUAUACACAAAAUUCAUCUCUAGGCAAGACUGUCCCAAGCAAGAGUUGGAAUGGAGUGAAUGGACACACAGAGGUGUAUCUACAGUACAAGGACAACAAAAAUCAGGUCUGCUAUUAUUACAAGGAUAGUAUUCAAAACAGGAAGAGCUACGACACAGAGCUCCUGUUGCCUAGAGAGAGCGAGCGCAUCCCCAUGCAGCCGGUUGUGGUGGUGAAGAGUGAGUCGGAGCCUUCUGCCAUCAGCUUCAUGGGAGCGCUACGGAUACCCGGAGUGGUGGAGUUCUCUCUGUGUCUGCUGUUUGCUAAGCUGGUCAGCUAUACUUUCCUCUUCUGGCUGCCGCUCUACAUCACCAAAGCAGCUCACCUGGAUGCCAAAAAGGCUGGAGAUCUGUCCACACUGUUUGAUGUGGGAGGAAUUGUGGGGGGCGUCUUAGCAGGUGUGAUCUCUGAUAAAUUGGGGAAGCGAGCCACCACCUGUGCAGUCAUGUUACUGCUAGCUGCUCCUACACUUUACGGCUUCUCCAUGAUCAGUGAGUUUGGUUUGGGGCCAAUGAUUGGGAUGCUGUUAGUGUGCGGAGGUCUAGUGAAUGGACCGUAUGCGCUCAUCACAACUGCAGUGUCUGCUGAUUUGGGCACCCACAAGAGCCUGAAAGGCAACGCCAGAGCACUGUCUACAGUCACAGCCAUCAUUGAUGGCACAGGAUCUGUAGGCGCAGCACUCGGCCCGCUGUUAGCUGGACUGCUGUCUGCAGGCGGCUGGGAUCAGGUCUUCUACAUGCUGAUGACUGCUGACUUUCUUGCUCUGUUGCUUUUGCUACGGCUCGUGACAAAGGAGCUGGCCUCAUCUAAAUCCCAUCCUAUCUCCACUGUAGAGUUGAAGGAACACUGAGCACUUUGAUUGCACUGCGUACACACCUACACGCAGAGUGCAAUGAAACCACUUAAGGUUGAUAUGGAUUGUGACUGGACUGCCCUGACAGAUGAAACUGAUUGUUAAUAAACCAGCGUGUAUGCUUGUGUGCGCCUACAAUCAUGCUGCAGUGCUUUACUGAUGAAGAGCUAUGACUGAAGCUGCAGCUGCUGCGCUGAGCAAGCAGCGCGGCACACAGUUUAAAAGUCUCAUGUGCACUUACUGUACUUGCUUAACUUCCCAAUGUCUAUCUUUUCAACCUUACCUGUCCAGUUAAUUUAAGGGGCUAUUUGUAAUUGUGUGCCUUUUACAGUGGUACCUAGCUUUGAUAGUUGUUUUUUAAAGUUAUCAAUCACAGAAUUAAGAAGAGCUUCAUCAAAGCUGGGGUCGUUGCCGGGACUAAAAAAACAUCAGACCUGCUACAAAAACAGCAAGCAUGCAGUUUUUACACUUUACUUCCUGUGUAGUUCUGUAGCAAAUAUACAGAAAACAUACAUGAUAGAGUCUCAGGUAACACUGUACUCGCCCAGGACUUCAUGAUAAAAAGCACUUUAACGAUUGUAGUUCUGCCAAUUAGAACCACUAAAACUGGAAACACCACAGGUUGCUAGGUCUCUGUGUCCUUACUGUCUUUUUUGUAUGAAUAGUGUUUUAUAUUGUUGGUGUUUGUAUUGGCAAAAUUUUCAUACAGUUCAUUUAUUUGGUGCCAUGUGAGCUGUCUGUCAAAGUUUGAGGCUUAUGAGGAGGACUGAUAUUUUUAUUUUUAUUGUUGUACUGGGAUAAAUUCCUAUACCUCUAUCCAAAACCUGGACAGAACUACUUCUUAAUAUCGUGCCUAGAGCUGUUAACUUUUUUUGAAAUUUAAUUUAAUCAGAUAGCAGUCAUCUAGAAACAGUGAUGCAGAACUAAUUCCAUCAUAUCUGUUGAAGAGAAGAAGGAAAACAAAGACCAGCUCGUUGAACCAAAGAGAUGAUGGGAUUGGUUUAGUUUACAUGUGUAUUUAUUUUGAAAAUCAUUUUUGUUUCCUUUUCCAUUGUCCUGUGGUAGUCUGUGAUUUAGUAAUAAAAUGAAUGUAGCUGAUCUCUCUCUCUCUCUCUUUCUCUCUCUAUACACACACACACACACACACACAUCUGUGUGGUGAUUUGGGGGGGAGGGUUAUUUAUGUUAGAUGAAUAAGACUGUUUCUGUUUUACGGUGGAGAGAAUAUUUAAAGAAUAUUUAUUGAGAAGGACUGAACACUACAUUUAAUUCUUGUUCUCGUGAUCUUAUACGCAUUAAAAAUUCACAAACUGUAUAUCAUGAAUUAAAACAUUGAUUUAUUUUUCUGCAGAUUUGUGCUUUAAUCAUUAAGAGUGAUAUCUUGUAUGUAUUUAACCUAUGAAAUAGGUUUAUGUAACUGUAUUUUAAAGGGGAUCUUGGUGGUACUCUUAAGACAAUAUCCUUGGAACAAGACCACAUGUAAAUAUUAUGUGUCAGUGGUAAGAUUAAUACUUGAGACCUUGUGUGCCUUUCUUGGUUUUUGCAGGGCAAUUUUUUUAAGUUUCCAUGGAAAUGAACUUGGUUUGAAGUUGAUUUAUGUAGAGAAAACAAAUAAAUCAUGUGCUUUUUUCACUGGUUGAA